GCGGCACCGGGCCCGGCGGCAUCGCGGAGCAUCGCGGAGCAUCGCGGAGCGCGAUGUGACCCCCGGCGUGCAGCCAUGGCCGUGCUGGCCGGAGGGGUCUGGCAGCCCCCCGCAGCCUGCGGGGUGGAGGAGGAGAUGACGGACCCCCCCCGCCCAUUGCUGCAGAUGAGAGCCCCCCGCCCAGGUCUGAGCAGCUUCAGCCCCUCUGGCAGGGGAUAAUCCCUCCUGGGAUCACAGCCCAACGUGGAGAUCUCCCUGGCCUGAGCCACACUCGGGUUUGGCUCCUUGGCCCUGCAGAGCUCACUCAGACUCUACCCGUGGCAUUUCCCUUUCCUGCAUCAGUGCUGGGGGCUUGUCCUCCCCUUGGAAGGGGGACUCGGGGGUCCAACUGGGUGCAGGGCUCUGCUCCAGCACGGCUGACCCAGGCUGCCCGGUGGGUCACCCCGUGGGGACCCUCUCCCAGAGCACGGUGGUGAGGGGCUGGCACUGGGGUGACUUUGUGCCUUGCAGGUGCUCGCAGGACGCUGGGGCUGGCGCAGAGACAUGAGUGGCAGCACGAGCCAGCGUGCCGCCGCCCUGGGGGUCCUCUUUGCCUUGAUCAUGUUGCUGAUCAUCUACAGCUCUGGCAGCGGGAGCGAGGUUUUCCCCUACAGCCGCCUGCGGGGCAGAGCCCGCCGGCCCCCUGACCUCAAGAAGUGGGGGGUGAAAAACGGGUACCUGCCCGUCUGCGGCAAUAAGACCCUGACUGCCCGCUGCCACCAGUGCGUCAUUGUCACCAGCUCCAGCCACCUCCUGGGCACCCGCCUGGGCACAACCAUUGAUGGGGCUGAGUGCACCAUCCGCAUGAAUGACGCUCCCACCACUGGCUACGACACUGAUGUGGGCAACAAGACCAGCUUCCGUGUGGUGGCCCACUCCAGCCUCUACCGCGUCCUCAAGCGGCCCCAGGAAUUUGUCAACAAGACCCCGGAGACCAUCUUCAUCUUCUGGGGGCCACCUGCCAAGAUGCAGAAGGGCCUCCUGAAGAUCAUCCAACGUGUCAGUGCCUCCUUCCCCAACAUGACAGCCUAUGUUGUCUCCCCUGGCCGCAUGAAGCAGUUUGAUGACCUGUUUCGGGGAGAGACAGGGAAGGACAGGGAGAAGUCGCGCUCAUGGCUCAGCACUGGCUGGUUCACCAUGGUGAUCGCGGUGGAGCUCUGCGACACCGUCCACGUCUACGGCAUGGUACCACCCAACUACUGCAGCCUCCGUCCCCCACCCCGCCGCCUGCCCUACCACUACUACGAGCCGAAGGGCCCCGAUGAGUGCACCACCUACGUCCACAACGAGCGGAGCCGCAAGGGCAACCACCAUCGCUUCAUCACCGAGAAGAGGGUCUUUGCCACCUGGGCUGGCCUCUACAACAUCACCUUCUCCCACCCCAGCUGGCCCUAGGGGCUGCCCACAGCCCUCCUCAGAACUGGGGGAGAUGAGGGUCUUCUCCAUCCCCCCCAAGGAGUGGGGACAAGCAGGUGCCUCCCCUGAGGCCACCGCCAUUGUGUGCAGUGGCUCCUCCUAGGGUUUUGAGCUGGUUUUUUUAGGGGGGCAAGUGGUGAAGGCAAGGUUUGGGGGUCCCCCCCCUAUGGGUGGGAGGUGUGGGGGUGUGGUCCUGCCUGAUCCAGGCAUCUUGCAUCCCCUGCAGAUGCACAAGGAUGCUGGGUCCCUCAGUUUGGUUUGGGGUCACAUCACUUCUGGGGCCACUGCAGAGACUGUUACCCCCCCCAUCCUCUGAGUGUGUGCCUCCCCUCUUUCUUGGGGCUCAGCCCCCUGUCAUCCCCAGCACCCCAAUCGCAGCCCAUGGGCAUCCUUCCCUCAGCAGAUCCCCCCCAGUUUUCAGUGGGACCCCAUGUGGGUGACACUGCUACCCUCAGUGUCCGAAACCACCCGUCUCUUCCUGAUGUCACUGCGCCCCACACUGCCAAAACCUUUUCUAACUGAGUGAUGGGAUUUUAGGGGGGCUUUCAGGGCUUUUUUUUUUUUCCCCUCCCUGCUUCUGGUGCCAGGGUUUGUAUUUGAAUUUCAUUUCAAGCUGAAGGAACAAGAUGCUCCUUAGCAGUAAUGAAGGGACCAGCAGCAGCCCGUGGCUGGGUCUCAUAAUUUAUUAAUUGCUUAUAAAGUAUUUAAAAGUGGGCACAUAGCAGGGGGGGGGGCAGCAGUGCCCCUUGGUGCCCUCCAGCCAUGAGGAAGGGGUGUAUUUUGUUAUUAAUUUCUCAUCAGUGGAGAGGCGGGUUUGGGGAAAAUAGCUAAAUACGGCGUGUUUGAGUGCUGAGCUCUGGUAGGACUCUGUGCCUCAGUUUCCCUCCAGCCAGUCCCCAUUGCAAGGUGGGCUCUGGGGGACUCAGUGCUGAGUGAAGCUGUGGGGCACCUGCAUUUUGUAAUGGUUUGUACAGGAAUAAAUAUUGCUGCAGUCUGUUGCCUUGG